AUGGCUCCCAAAGACUCCGGGUCGGUUAUCCAAGAAGCCGAGAAAGCGGUGGAAGCCGUCAAGUCGAGCUCACUCACCGAGAAGCUCGAUGCCUGGGGAUCGUCGUCGAUCCCGUCGAUGGGCCUGGCGACUCUGAUCAUUGCUCUGCAUGCACGGCCCCUCCAGCCGUUCCCGCUCAUGUUUGCCCCCGCCUUGAUGUUCUCCAGCUAUGUCAACGUGGCCGGCUACGCCAUUGACGCCGCGGGUAUGGCGGCUGCCUGGAGCGGAAUGUACGUUCUGCUGUCGCUGCGGGGCCGGCGGUCGUCUGGCGCGGGCUUCCUGAGCCGCGCCUGGACGCCUGCGUCUCUGCGGACGUCGACGCGGCGGACCAACACGCCCGCGCGCCGUGCCGUGAGCGCGGUGGCCAUGGGCCUUGGUGCCGUCAACUGUGUGGCUGGGGGAGUGAAAUACGGCAUCACAGGUGACCGGGUGAAGGAGGCUCAGGCGCGUGCCGAGCGGAAUCGGUGGGGAAACUGA